AGGUAAACAUUGUCACUAUUUUUAGUUAAUUAAUAAAUAUUGGAACAAACUGUAGAUAGGAGUCCUAUCUACAAAUUCUAUCAUAGGACAUUUGUACAUUUAAUUUUUAAUUUCUUUAUUUUUAAUUUUGUUCCUCUGUCUGGGCCCCAAUCAGCCAAUCAGGCCCUAGGCACGUGCCUACUUUGCCUUUGCGUUAAUCCGGCUCUGCAUCCGUGCUUUACUGGGAAUCUACGGUUACGUUGUGGAAUGGGUGGAAUUCACUCGGGUGGAGGCGGGAUUUAGCGGGAUUCCAGCAUCUGAUUUCAGAUUGAUCAAACGUCUCAAGGAAAAAAACUUCAGAACAGAUGUUGUCUCCAUAGGGCCAAAACCGUGUCACACAUGAGCCAAUCACUGCUCUGAUGGGUUCAAUAACCGGACAUAAGCCGUUAGGUUGGGACGCGUUUGUAAAUAAAACCCUGGUCUGCUCGAGAAGAUGGUGGAGUUUAUGUGAACAUCUAGUUUCUCUGUCGGAUCUUCUUCCGCCUUCGCAAACUUUUAUUCAAACACGAUGCGUGUCUGAAGUACCAGGAGGUUAUGGAGGUGGACCCGGUCCCGAGACCUGCUCCAGCUGACCUGGGAGCGUUUUCCUUCUCAUCUCUGCUUGAAUCAAAAUGUUGAAGCUAAAACUCACAUUUUCUGCUUGUCAGAUAUUUUUUUCAAAUGAAAUGAAAGGUUGUGACUAAUUGUGUUUUGGGGAAAGCUGGAGGUAAAACAUCUAAAGUCCUAUUUAAAACGAGCAUCAUGUGGAAACGGCCUGGCUCACCCCUUGAGUUAGGAGCCUUCCUUCCGUUUGAAUCACUGAUUUAUCCUAUUUCUGUGGAAGUGAAAAACAAACUGAAGCUAACAGGGAAGCAGCUGAAGGCAGAAGGACCUUCAGAAGGUCUGAUGGAGACCACCUGAAGUUCUGGAGAGAGAAAAGUUAGUUCCCUCCAGAGAGCUGCUGCCUGUGAUGGGUUCCUCCCCCAAGUUGGGGCUCGUGCAGAGGCCAGGGUGACGUCACUUGGGGCUGGUCCUACCGUUUAUUAGCCCGGGGAGCGGAGGACCGGGGCGCAGGAGCUUCACGGCGGCCGGUCUUCCUCCUGCUUCACCCCCAAAACUUUGUGGAAACUCCGAAAACUGAGAGAAAAACCAAACUUGAAGUAUUUACUUCCAGACUCGAGGUGCAGAAGGAGCCGAGCCCACUUCCGUUUCACUUGAAUUUGGAUAAAAGUGGAUUUUGAACCCUUCCUGACUCGGGAUGGCCGCUUCAUCUCUAGCUUUGCUGUUGGUGGCAUUUGUUUUGACCUCAGCUCAUCAGGCUGGUGACGCAGACAAGCAGGACCAGCUGAGGAGCCGGCUGAAGGAGUACGGGCUGGUCACGCCCUUCAGCACAGACGCCCACGGACACUACCUGUCCCACCUGCUCUCAGCCACUCACAAACAGCGCGUCAGGAGGGAGGUGUUUCCCUCUGGGGAAUCAGACCAGAGGCUUUUCUUCAACAUCACCGCCUUUGGGAAGGAGUUCCACCUCCGCCUGCGUCCAAACAGCCGGCUGGUGGCGCCCGGUGCCACCGUGGAGUGGCACGACGACAUCCAAGGCUCCGGGAACCUCAGCAGUCCUGGCUACAACCAGACAGACCUGGUGGAGAUGACACUUCAGCGGGAGCUGCUCAAGACGGACUGCACCUUCAUCGGUGACAUCACUGACGUCCCCGGCGCGUCGGUUGCCAUUAACAACUGUGAUGGACUGGCUGGGAUGAUCCGCACCGACUCAGACGAGUACUUCAUUGAGCCGCUGGAGAAGGGAACCCAGGAGCUGGAGGACCAGGGCCGGGUCCAUGUGGUUUACCGCCGGUCGGCCCUGCUGCAGGCCCCCGCCGACGUCUCCGUGGACUACCAGCUGAGAGAACUGAACGUUCCCCAGAGUCUGGAGUCCGUGACCCGACAGGUGAACGAGACCGCGCAGAACCGCCGUCGCCGCCGAGAUGCCGGAGAGGACGACUACAACAUAGAAAUCCUGUUGGGAGUCGAUGACUCGGUGGUUAGAUUUCACGGCAAAGAGCACGUGCAGAACUACCUCCUGACCCUGAUGAACAUCGUGAACGAGAUCUACCACGACGAGUCGCUGGGGGUCCACAUCAACGUGGUUCUGGUCCGGAUGAUCAUGCUGGGGUACGCCAAAUCCAUCAGCCUUAUUGAAAGAGGAAACCCGUCACGCAGCCUGGAGAACGUGUGCCGCUGGGCCUUUGUGCAGCAGAAAGGUGACCCUGAUCACGCCGAGCACCACGACCACGCCAUUUUCCUCACCCGCCAAGGCUUCGGCCCCACGGGCAUGCAGGGUUAUGCUCCGGUCACAGGAAUGUGCCAUCCGGUCCGAAGCUGCACUCUCAACCACGAAGACGGUUUUUCUUCUGCCUUUGUCGUGGCUCAUGAGACCGGACAUGUGUUGGGCAUGGAGCACGAUGGGCAGGGAAACCGUUGUGGCGAUGAGACGGCGAUGGGAAGCGUGAUGGCCCCGCUGGUGCAGGCAGCCUUCCAUCACUACCACUGGUCCAUGUGCAGCGGACAGGAGCUCAGAAGAUACAUCCACACAUACAACUGUCUCCUGGAUGACCCCUUCAAACACGACUGGCCACAGCUUCCUGAACUCCCGGGAAUCAACUAUUCCAUGGAUGAGCAGUGUCGCUUUGACUUUGGAGUUGGCUAUAAGAUCUGCACUUCGUUUCGUACGUUUGACCCGUGCAAGCAGCUGUGGUGCAGCCACCCCGACAACCCGUACUUCUGCAAAACCAAAAAGGGACCUCCUCUCGACGGGACCGAGUGCGCUCCUGGAAAAUGGUGCUACAAAGGCCACUGCAUGUGGAAAAGCCCAAACCAGCUGAAGCAGGAUGGCGCCUGGGGCUCGUGGAGUAAACACGGAUCCUGUUCACGCUCCUGUGGAACCGGAGUACGCUUCCGAACACGACAGUGCAGCAACCCCGCACCCUCCAACGGAGGCCAGGACUGCCCCGGGGUGAACUACGAGUACCAGCUGUGCAACAAGAACGACUGCCCCAAGCACUUCGAGGACUUCCGAUCCCAGCAGUGCCAGCAGCGAAACUCCCACUUUGAAUUCCAAGGUGUCAAACACCACUGGCUGCCUCACGAGCAUCCCGACGCCAACAGGAGAUGCCACCUGUACUGCCAGUCGAAGGAAAGCGGCGACGUGGCCUACAUGAAGCAGCUGGUGCAUGAUGGGACGCGAUGCUCCUACAAGGAUGCCUACAGCAUCUGCGUGCGUGGCGAAUGUGUGAAAGUCGGCUGUGACAAAGAAAUCGGCUCGAUCAAAGUGGAGGACAAAUGUGGAGUUUGUGGCGGGGACAACUCCCACUGUCGCACCGUGAAAGGAACCUUCACCCGGACGCCGAAGAAACCCGUUUUCCUUAAGAUGUUUCAUAUCCCGCCUGGAGCUAGACACGCGGUCAUCCAGGAGCACGAGGCCUCCCCUCACAUCCUCGCCGUAAAGAACCAGGCGACUGGACACUACAUCCUGAACGGGAAGGGAGACGAGCUCCGGUCCAGGAACUUCAUCGACCUGGGUGUGGAGUGGAAUUACGUCAUCGAAGGGGACAUGGAGACGCUGCACACCGAAGGACCUCUUCACGACCCCGUGGUGGUUCUGAUCAUACCCAAGGACAACGACACGCGGUCUACUCUGACCUAUAGAUACAUAAUCCACGAAGAUUCGGUACCAGUCAACAACAACAACGUCAUCCAGGAGGAAACCUACGAGUGGGCUCUGAAGAGCUGGUCUCCGUGCUCCAAACCCUGCUCCGGAGGGUUUCAGUACACCAAGUACGGCUGUCGCAAGAAAGGAGACACCAACAUGGUUCACCGAGGAUACUGCGACGUAAACAAGAAGCCCAAACCGAUCCGGAGGAUGUGCAACCUUCAGGACUGCACGCAGCCUCAGUGGAUCUCCGAGGAGUGGGAACAUUGCACCAAAUCCUGCGGCAGCCUCGGUUUUCAGAUCCGGACGGUGCGCUGCAUGCAGUUCCUCCACGACGGCACCAACCGCUCCAUCCACAGCAAAUACUGCAGCGGUGAGAAACCCGAGAGUCGCAGGCCGUGCAACAGAGUCCCGUGUCCCGCUCAGUGGAGGAGCGGAGCCUGGUCUGAGUGCUCGGUGACGUGUGGAGAGGGGAUGGAAAGGCGACUGGUCACCUGCCGGAUUGGAGACCAGUGUAACGGAGAGAAACCUGAGACGGUGAGGACGUGCAGACCUGGACCCUGCCAAGACGAGCCGUGUAACGGAGACAAAUCCAUCUUCUGCCAGAUGGAGGUCUUAGCCAGAUACUGCUCCAUUCCAGGUUACAGCAAGCUGUGCUGUGACUCGUGCAGCAAGCGCGCGGGGACCUCGUCUCUGCUCUCCGAGGCUGCGGAGAUUGAGGAACAUGUCCGAUUCGGAUCUGCAUCCCAGCUGCUGGAGACGCUAACAGCCUCAGCGUCCAACAGCACGCGCAGCCGCAAACCAGGAAAAGGAGCCGCGGUGUCGACCAGCGCCGCUAAACGCAUCACAACCCCCGCUCCACCUAAAAGAACCAAGUCAAAGGUCACCACGGCGCCACGGAGGGUUCCACGUCAUGCCAGGGAGCUUCACAUCGUGCAGACAUCUGCCCUGAGGGAUCCUGAAGGUCAAAGGUCAGGCGGCUCUUUGAGGAGUCAGUGGCCUGAUUUGUAUUCUGAAGUUAAGAGAUGAAAGUGAAGCCAGCAUCAUGUUGAACUCCGAAUGGACUGCAGCUUCAUCCUGAGUCUACUCACAGCAGAAAGACCGGAGAGAGAGAAAAGUGCUGGUUCACUUUGUGUUGAAGAAUCCCCCCUGCUCCGUUUCUGUCCCUGAAACAGACUUUAAACACAUAACUGACAGGUUACAGCUACUUCUACAUGUUUCAGCUGAAGCAGACUUUAAACACCACAUUAACAGGUUACAGCUACUUCUACAUGUUUCAGCUGAAGCAGACUUUAAACACCACAUUAACAGGUUACAGCUACGUCUACAUGUUUCAGCUGAAGCAGACUUUAAACACAUAACUGACAGGUUACAGCUACUUCUACAUGUUUCAGCUGAAGCAGACUUUAAACACCACAUUAACAGGUUACAGCUACUUCUACAUGUUUCAGCUGAAGCAGACUUUAAACACCACAUUAACAGGUUACAGCUACUUCUACA